AAGUCCUAAUAAGUACUGCCUUUCAGGCCCCAUAAUGUGCCCUUGUAUCCUGUAAUAUGCCUGGAAUUUGUGUAGGCUGUAAUGGGCAGGGAAAGGAGGGUUCCUUUGUCACAACAAACAAGGAGAAAGAUUUUUCCCAGUCUCUUCGAUUUACCAAUGCCUCACCAGAAGCUUUCAGCUCUUAUUGAUGCCAUCUGCAAUUUUGUUAUCUGCAAUGACUCUUCCCUUCGAGGUCAGCCCAUUAUCUUCAAUCCUGACUUUUUUGUGGAAAAACUCCGGCAUGAGAAACCUGAGGUGUUCACUGAGUUGGUGGUCAGCAAUAUCACAAGGCUUAUUGAUUUACCUGGAACUGAGUUGGCUCAGCUGAUGGGAGAAGUGGAACUUAAAUUGCCUGGUGGGGCUGGCCCAGCGACAGGAUUCUUCCGGUCUCUAAUGUCUCUCAAGCGAAAGGAAAAAGGAGUAGUAUUUGGAUCCCCACUGACAGAGGAAGGUAUUGCUCAGAUAUACCAGCUAAUUGAAUAUCUACACAAAAACUUGCGAGUAGAGGGUUUGUUUAGAGUACCAGGGAAUAGUGUCCGGCAGCAGAUUUUAAGGGAUGCUCUCAAUAAUGGAACUGAUAUUGACUUGGAAUCAGGGGAGUUUCACUCAAAUGACGUUGCCACCUUACUGAAGAUGUUUCUAGGAGAGUUACCUGAGCCCCUGCUGACACAUAAACAUUUCCAUGCACACCUCAAAAUUGCUGAUUUGAUGCAGUUUGAUGACAAAGGAAACAAGACCAAUAUACCAGAUAAGGAGCGGCAAAUUGAGGCUCUUCAGUUACUCUUUCUCAUUCUCCCUCCACCCAAUCGUAACUUGCUGAAGUUACUGCUUGAUCUCCUGUACCAGACAGCAAAAAAACAAGACAAGAAUAAGAUGUCUGCCUAUAACCUUGCCCUUAUGUUUGCACCCCAUGUCCUGUGGCCAAAAAAUGUUACUGCAAAUGACCUUCAAGAGAAUAUCACAAAGUUAAACAGUGGGAUGGCUUUUAUGAUUAAACACUCCCAGAAACUUUUUAAGGCCCCUGCUUACAUUCGGGAAUGUGCCAGAUCUCACUAUUUGGGCUCCAGAACUCAAGCAUCAAAGGAUGAUCUUGAUCUGAUGGCUUCAUGUCAUUCUAAGUCCUCCCAACUGGCAAAAUCUCAGAAACGGAACUGGAUGGAUUCCUGCUCACAUCAGGAGGAGACCCAGCAGCGUACGGACGAGGCACUGAGAGAGCUGUUCCAGCACGUUCACAACAUGCCAGAGUCAGCAAAGAAGAAACAGCUUAUCAGACAGUUUAAUAAGCAAUCUGUGACCCAAACACCAGGGCAAGAACCUUCUACUCCCCGGGUACAGAAGAGGGCCCGUUCCCGUUCCUUCAGCGGCCUUAUUAAGCGGAAGGUCCUGGGAAAUCAGAUGAUGUCAGAAAAGAAGAACAAGGCCCCUACUCCGGAAGCUCUAGCCAUUGGUGAAUUGAAGAGAGCCAGCAAAGAAAAUAUGAACUUAUUAUUUUCUGGAUCUCCAGCUGACACAGUGACACCAACAAGACUGAAAUGGUGUGAUGGGAAGAAAGAGGGGAAAAAAGUGUGGACUGUCCUACAUAAUCCGGCCUCAGCUAGCGGGAGCAGACAGUGACCCAGUACCUCCUUGUCAUCGAGUUUGCUCUGUGGUUUGGUCUGAGGAGGUACGUGAUAUUUAGGAGG